GUGAAGUUGCGCUGUAGGAAGGGGAUCCCCUCCUCUCUCAGGGCUAAAGCCUGGCAGCUGCUCUCCAACAGCAAGGAGCUCCUGGACUCCAACCCCGGCAAGUUUGAGGAGUUAGAGAGAGAGCAGGGAGACCCUAAAUGGUUGGACAUUAUAGAGAAGGACCUGCAUAGACAGUUCCCCUUCCAUGAGAUGUUUGCUGCUCGUGGUGGACACGGGCAGCAGGAUCUGUACCGGGUACUGAAGGCCUACACAGUGUACAGGCCUGAAGAGGGCUACUGCCAGGCCCAGGCCCCGGUGGCUGCUGUCCUGCUCAUGCACAUGCCUGCUGAGCAUGCCUUCUGGUGUCUGGUGCAAAUAUGUGAGACGUACCUGCCUGGUUACUAUAGCGCUGGAUUGGAAGCGAUCCAGUUGGAUGGAGAGAUUUUCUUCUCUCUGCUACGUCGUGUCUGUCCCAUGGCCUACCGUCACCUGAAGAAGUUUAAGAUAGACCCCAUUCUAUACAUGACAGAGUGGUUCAUGUGUGUCUUCUCACGUACACUGCCAUGGGCCAGUGUGCUACGUGUGUGGGACAUGUUCUUCUGUGAGGGAGUCAAGAUAGUGUUCCGUGUGGGCCUCGUGCUGCUAAAGCAGAUGCUUGGUUCGGUGGAUAAACUGCGGGAGGUCCAGGGCAUGUACGAAACCAUGGAGCGCCUCAGGAACAUCCCCCCUGAGUCUGUCAGAGAGGACCUACUGGUGCAGGAGGUGGUGUCCCUGGCGGUGUCUGAGGCUCUGAUCGAGAGGGAGUGCAGUAAUCAGGUAAGGAAGUGGAGGGAGUCCAGGGGGGAACUAAGCCACCAGCCUGUCCGAAGGCUCCACGGGACGCGGGACAUCCACGAGCACAAGCGUCGGGCCUCCGCCAUCAGCUCCGGGGGAAGCUUCUCCUUCCUGGGGUCCAUCCCCCCUCCAGGGCCCCUCAGGGCCUCCUCCAGCCUGCUCUCCCUCCCUGGCUUCCGCAAGUCCAAAACCCCCUUCCGCUCUCACAAGAAGGGCUCCUUCUCUGGGGCCUCUGGAAUGGAGGCCAUGCAGCUACAGAACCCCUCAGCGGCAGCUUCAAGCCCACCCCGAGGCCCCGCCCACAAACCACCCAUGUCUGGUGGCUCUGUAGCUAGGGCCCCGGCCUCUCAGAGUCCUCUGGUUGGGUCUGGUCCAGGCCCCUCUUCUGGCGCUGCCCAGACCUCAGCACAGAGCCAGCCUGGUGCAUCGGCCCCAGCCCCGGUACACCAUACACCACAACACCCUCUCCCCAAAGUCACCUCUGAGCAGAUCACACCCACCAUCCCCUCACCCACUGCCAACAACACCCCUCUGCCCCCGUUCCCAGACGGAGGGAGAGGAGGAGGAGGAGGAGAUGGAGCAGUUACAGGAGGAGAGGAAGACCGGAAGAAGAAGAGGAGCAAGGAGGACAAGAAGAAAGAGAAGGAGGAGGAGAAGAGGAAAGAGAAGGAGAAGAAGGAGAAGGAAAAAGCAGACAAGGAGAGCCAGAAGAAGGAGAAGGAGCGGGCCGAGAAAGAGAAGAAAAAGGAGAAAGGGGGGAAGAAAAAGGAGAAAGGGGGAGGAGAGGCGGAGGAGAAGAGUGGAGCCACAGCACCAAGAGAUUGGGCCUAGUUUCUCCUGUUAUUCCUUCAGAAAGAAAAGGGGGAAGGAAACAAAGACCCCCAGAAGUGGGAGGAGUGAGAGAAAAUGAGAUGCCUCCUGUAUAGUGCAUCUUGAGGACUACAUAUAGUCAGGAUUAUUUUGGAGACAACUGGAUCAUGGUUUUAUUAGCACCCUAGGGCUGUAGCCCCCCCCCCCUACAACCCCCAUGCUUUCUUCAUCAAUGAGUUUGAAUAAGUAAGAUGGGACAUGUUUCCUUUUGCAACUGGAGCAUGUGCUGUGUGGUUCUCAAUGGAUCUCCCAAGAUCACACAACUGUUUUCUCAUUUAGUUUUUUUGAAUUCUUUUUUUAUCAGACUAAAACUGGUGGAGAGACAAGCCGUUGGACAUAGAGUAGGUUGGAGUGAUAGAUUGGGUGUCAAAGAUUGUGUAAAUAGAAUAUCCUAAGUCCAU